UUUCAAUCCCAGUGCCAUUAGUCGGACACUUUCAGCUUUGUCUGAAUCUGUCUGAAUAUCUACUACUUGACUUAUCAAAAAAGGCCUCACCGCAAACAGGUUUUGACAGGGACUUGGGCUCCGUCAACGUUGGUGAUGGAUUCACUAUCUCAUCAGUUCACUACCAGCGAAAGUAUCCCGCAAGGCACACUCAAUGUUUCAACUCACCGUUUACUCUACCGAGGCGCGCUGUCCCUGCCCGACUCACACCUCCUCCUCGACGGUCUCAGUUUCACUGCUGCUCUAAAGAGGCCCGGGGAGUCAGCGAAUACUAUCUAUGACAGCUCAUUUGAUCUGUUGAACCACCCUCUUGCGCUGGCUCUCGAGAGCAUGCGUGGCCGGCCGAGUCUCCACUUGCUCGGUACCGUCAAACUCGGCGAGGUGUGGAUUGAUGAGAAGAGUAUUGGAGUGGUUCAGUUAGAUGUGCACCCAAAGGCCGCGCUCAGCAGGCUGUAUUUCGAGAACGUCUUCUGCCUCGAGCCGAUCAUUUCGAAGGACGGGAAGAGUGAGUAUGGUGUGCGAGUGAGCUUGAGCGACAGCAACGACCCAAGCUCCAGCGAUAUACUCAUCUAUGCGCAGCUACAAUCAUCGGAUCUCGAAGAAAUCGAAGCAAACCAUCUAGACAGCCCAUCCACUACGACCCUGCCAAAGAUACUUCGUCUUCUCGUUGCUCGCAUCCUUCCAGGACCUCCCCCGGUACCUGCUCCACCACGGCCGAGGCCGGACGAUCCAACGCCGCGUGUCCCUUCCGUGUUCUCCUCUUAUGUAAAUACGAAGCACAAAAGAGAAGGAUCGCCUUCCACGGCAAAGCGGAGCAAGAUUAGGGAGAAGGAGAAGCGAAAGGAGUUUGGGAAUGCUACUCAUACCUUCGAGAAGGGAAGAGAAACCAUGACCCGCCCGUUAAGGCCUCCAAGCUCUGCUGCACCGAACAAGGGCAGUAAGAAUGCAGAUUUCAAGGUUCCUCAGGUACCUCGAUUCGUGGGAACCUCAUCCACGCAGCGCGACGAAAGGAAGCGAAUUAACACGCCGAGAAGUAUGGCUGAAGCAACGUUCGACAUGUUCGCCGUCGGCGACUCGGUAUCAUCCCCUGACGAGCAGGAGAAGACUAACAAGACGGUCAUCAAGAAAGCCGUCGUGCGCUGCCUCGCGGACCAUGCCAUCAACAAACAGCAUCCAGAAUUCAAUGAUAUCUUCGGGCAUGUGUACCAGGGGACGUGUUUUGCGAUGAGAGCGCAAAUGCGCAAUGUGCCGGUGGAUUUGUGGAAUGUUUACAAGUUCGUGGAUGCACAUGCGAAGAUGUACUUGCACAGUGGAAGCGAGGGCCCUGGGCCAACAUAGCGUUCAUAGAAUUCAUGUAUUGGACGAUAGGAACAUGAAGGAUUGAGAAUGCCGCCAGGAUGCAUCCGCGAUUACUUGAUAAGCCACAGCAGGAUGUACUCUCACCUGCAGUUUCCUACGGAUGUUUUUAUUUCUAUUGCCGCCCGCUCUAUGUGCUGCUAUUGAACCUCGAGGAGUUGCUCAACAUCAUCCUAGCCAGCACUACAAAGAGUGCAGUGAUUUCUCUUUUGAAAAAGGAACGGAAGUUUGUGGUUUUCUUUAACUCUCCCCUGCUGCGAGAUCCUAC